AUGUCUGCUUCGACAGCCAGUGCAAUCUCGACAUUGGCAACAAGCACAGCGACUGAUUCGUCCCUUGCACAUGUAGCAACGACUACAGCAGCAGCCGUUGUUAACAACGAUAGCCGAUCAGGUCUUGCCAGCAUAGCCAAGUUUCUACCGGCGAUCCUACUCAAGCUCAUUAGCCUUGCUACCAUAUCGAUCCCUCUCUUGUUUUACCGAAUCUUGACAAUGUCAUUCACACUCCAUCUCAACUUUACGUCUCUACUGGUUAUUGUUGGACUGGGUGCUGUGGGAGCGUAUCUUGUUCUUCGAUAUCGAUAUUUGAACAAGUACUCGCGUCUGAAACGGAUCGAACCUCCUCAGUCAACAUCUUCCUUUUUCGAUUUGCAUCCUGAUGAUCCCAACGAGGAGGAUUCACAAUACAAAGCAGGCUUCAAGAAUUAUCCAGACGAGUUCUUGUCAGCAUUUCUUUCAUCGAUCAAGAUCUUUGGCUAUUUGGAACAGCAUGUCUUUCAUGAGUUGGCACGACAUUUGCAAACAAAGAAGCUUCUGGCAGGUGAUACAUUGUUUCGCAAUCCUGAUCAAGAACGCUCGUUUUACAUCGUCGUACAUGGACACGUGCAGCUCUUUGUCAAACCUGAUAAUCAUGAGGAUGAAGAUGAUGAGAUUGAUGAUGAAGAUAUGGCAGCAGCAACAGCAGCAGGAGGAGGGGGAGGGGAUUGGACACCCGAGGAGACAAGCGAUUAUCAUUAUCGACAUCAACAGCAAACGAAGCGUGGAUAUGAUCGAUUCAAGAAUUAUACAUUGAUCAAUGAAGUGGGUGCUGGUGGUACAUUGUCAUCAUUGUUCACUAUUUUAUCCAUCUUCCGUGAGAGUUUCCUGCGUCAAGAGGCAAAAGAACAAGCACGUAAGCGAUCCAUGCGACAACAUUUAGCCCGCAUGAGUAAUGCCGUUGCACAACCAAGUCAAAGCGAAUCAACCAUUGCUAGUGGAAAUAGUCCUCGACUUGAUGCGGAUGGUGGUUGGCGUACCGUUUUUCCCAACUUGCAAUCAGGAUCGGAUAGUGAGAUGGCACCUUUGGCAUCAUCAUCCACUGCAUCUUUACGACAUGGCAGCAAAGGAUCGUCAUCGGUUGUACACCCUCUCACUCACAGCCAUCACAACAUGGAGCUCGCUGAUAUUGCUAGUGAUAUGGAUGAUGGCGAGGAUGAUUUACAAAGCCCACGAAAGUUAUCGGCUAUCCAUCGCAAUUCAUCAGCUUCUUUUGCAUCAUCAGGAAGAUAUCGCUCUGUGCAUCCAAACAUUGUCGCACGUGCUACCGUGGAUACCACGUUGGCAGUUAUCCCUGAAGAAGCAUUCCAUAAGCUGACAGCCAAGUUCCCCAAGGCAGCAGCACACAUUGUCCAAGUGAUUCUUACUCGUUUCCAACGUGUCACCUUAAUGACGGGUCAUCGCUAUUUGGGUUUGACCAAUGAGCUCCUUCGUUUGGAAAAGUUGGUGAAUGAAUCAGCCAGCAUGUCAGCAUUACCUGAAAACCUGUUUGUGCCAGGUGGCAUGGAAAGAUUACGUCGCAAGUUUGCCCAACCUAGCAACGAAUCGGGUGAUACGAGCAGUCCAUCAGUACCAUCAGAAAUGUCACCUUCUGAAAGCAGCGGAUUUAUUCAAGCUAUGGAUAUCCCAUCCACUCCUUCGCUCAGCAUAAAGAGUGGCGUCGUCAGCAGCAACAAUAGUGCAGCAUCACCUCCCAUCGUAUCGGGUCAUCAUCCUCUUGGACAAUCACCUCCUCAAAAACAACGCAACAAUACCAAGCUUCAAGAAUACAGCGUUGAAGAUGAUGAACAUUUACGCUCUGCAGUACGUCGUUGUUUAGCAACAGCACUUGGUAUGAAGCCUGAGCAUGAUGAGCAUCACGAUAUGGAUCAUGGUCUUUCAUCACAAACCUCGUCACCACACCCACGUCAUGCAUCAACAAGCCAAGCCAUGCAACCACCUCCAGAGUCAUCUCGAUAUUCAUCACGUUAUUAUUAUCCAAUGGAUCUAUUCUCUGUUGCAGGCACCGCUGACACAAGUGCAUCGCCUUCUCUUGGUGCAUUAAGUGUACCCUAUGAUGAAGACAUUGAUGCUCUUUCCACUGUAUCAUCAGCUCAAUCAGGCACUGAUUCAACAGCAUUCACGGAUCAUCAUCACCAUCACCAAGCACUCUCAGCCAAUGAUGUACAAAUCUUGUUCUUUGCCAAGGAUGCAGUGUUGGUCAAGGAAGGUGAACACAACAAUGGUCUAUUCUUUGUGAUUGAUGGGUUGCUUGAAGUAUCAAUGACACCUGCUGAUGCUGAGGACAUUUCCCUGGAACGCGAUCCUGCUGAAGAAUCCGCAUCCUCUUCAUCCUCUUCCCCUGGAGGCAAGCGCAAAUCAUCGUCGUCACGUGAUGAUAAACGUAAGGGUCAUCGUCGAUUCACAUUAUCUCCAUCACCCACACCAUCAACUUCAACCUCAUCCAUUUCAUCUCAAAUAUCAGAUCGUGAUGCAGCUUCUGGUGUUACGGGUCUCUUAUCGGAUGCUGAAGAAGCAGGUGGUAUUGUACCCAUGUUGGAAGGAAGCGAACUUGUGGAGAAGCAUGGCCCUGUUCUUGCAUCCAAAACACCUGCUGGUCGUGCAAGUCAACAGCCUGAUGACAAGGAUCCCAAGCACAAGGCCAAGAAACCUCUCUUUGUGAUCCGUCCUGGUGGUCUUGCAGGUUAUCUUGAAGCACUCACGGGUCAUCCAAGCUUUGUCGAGAUUCGCGCAAAGCGUGAUACCUACGUUGGUUACUUGUCACGCAAGAGUCUUGAUCGUAUCAUUGAUAAGCAUCCCAGCGUCAUGCUUAAACUUGCACAGCGUCUUGUUGGUUUAUUGAGUCCUUUGAUUUUGCAUAUCGAUUUGGCACUGGAUUGGAUGCAAGUCCAUUCGAGUCAAAUCAUUUGCCGUGAAGGUCAACCCAGUGAUUCGAUUUAUAUGGUAUUGCAUGGUCGUUUGCGUACUAUUCGUGGCAAGAAAGAAGGUGGUAUUGAAAUCAUUGGCGAAUUUGGUCGUGGAGAUUGCGUAUGUGAAUUGGAAGCUUUAGCCGGCAUCAAAGCACCCUCAACGCUCCAUGCUAUCCGUGACAGUGAGCUUGCUCGAUUACCCAAGACUCUUUUCAAUGCUCUUGCGUUACGACAUCCCGAGAUCACUCUUCAAAUAUCGCGUAUGGUGGCAUCCCGUUCCUUGGAGCUCAUGACCAAUGCUACACCGGGUCAAGGCAAGAACAUGUUCCGUAUCGGUGGUCAACAUAGUGGAGCGGGUGGCAUGGGUGGUGGCAGCAUGGUAGCACCUACACGUAGCAGCAGUUCAAUGAUGCAAUCCGCCAAUGUCCCCUAUGUGAUUACCCCUGAAUUAUAUGGUCACAACAAUGCCAAUCUCAAAACCGUGGGUAUUAUCCCUGUCAACGCAUCCGUGCCUGUCACCGAAUUUGCAGAAAAUUUAAAGAGUGCCCUGGUGCAAACAGUGGGUGCUACUUGUGCUCUUCUCAACAGUGCUACCAUCACAUCCGUUAUGGGUAAACAUGCUUUCUCUCGCCUUGGAAAGCUUAAAUUGGCAUCUUGGCUCGCUGAACAAGAGGAAAAGUUCCGCAUUGUGUUGUAUUUGGCCGAUAGUGGUGUGAAAUCGCAAUGGACUCGCACAUGUAUUCGUCAAGCCGAUACCGUUUUGCUUGUGGGUUUGGGCGAUGGUGAUCCAUCAGUGGGUGAAUACGAACGAUUCAUGAUCAAUAUGAAGACCACCGCUCGUAAAGAGCUUGUUUUAUUGCAUGGUGAACGAUCUUGUACCACUGGCACUACACGUAAUUGGCUCAAGAAUCGACUUUGGAUUCAAGCACAUCAUCACAUCUUCAUGCCGAUGCGUAAACAUGCAACUCUUGCCAACGAACGCUUGAUUCGCCCACCCUGGUUGAGAGAGACUGGACGCAAAAUGACUGAGAAUUCAAUGAAGAUGAUGAAGAAGGCCAAAGCUCAGCUUGAAAAGUAUCAUUCAGUGGUGCCAACAUUUGGAAGACUACUUGUGGUGAAGAAGAAUACGAGUGCACAAUUAGGCAGUGCAAGCAAUGCAGCACGUGAUGACUUUGCAAGACUCGCACGACGUCUUUGUGGCAAAUCAGUAGCACUUGUCCUCGGUGGUGGUGGAGCACGUGGUAUCAGUCAUAUCGGUGUGAUCCAAGCAUUGGAGGAAGCAAAUGUACCCAUUGACAUUAUUGGUGGUACCAGCAUUGGUAGUUUUGUUGGUGGAUUGUAUGCACGAAACCGGGAUCUUGUAUCGACCAUCGCUCGUAGCAAAAUGUUCUCGAGUCGCAUGACGAGUAUUUGGCGUAAUCUGAUGGAUUUGACGUAUCCACUUACAGCAUGGUUCACUGGUCACGAAUUCAAUCGCUCGAUUUUCAAAUGCCUUGGUGAUAGUCAAAUCGAAGACUUUUGGUUGCCGUACUUUGCAGUCACCACCAACAUCACCUAUUCACGUAUGGAGGUGCAUACCACCGGCUAUGCUUGGCGCUAUAUUCGUGCAUCUAUGUCUCUUUCAGGUUACAUGCCACCCAUUUGUGAAAACGGCAACAUGUUGGUAGAUGGUGGAUAUAUGGACAACUUGCCUGUAUCGGUGGCUAAGAGCAUGGGUGCUGAUAUUAUCAUUGCUGUCGAUGUGGCCUCUGAAGAUGAUACAAGUCCUGUGCAUUAUGGUGACUCUGUCAGUGGAUGGUGGGCCCUUUUGUACAACUUUAGCCCCUUCCGUUCAUACAACGUACCCAGCAUUGCCGAGAUCCAAAGUCGUCUUGCUUAUGUCAGCAGUGUAUCAAAGCUGGAAGAAGCCAAGGUGACCGAUGGCACACUCUAUGUCAAAAUGCCUGUACAACAAUGGGGCACGCUCGAGUUUAACAAAUUUGUCGACAUUAUGCAACUUGGUUAUGAUACGGGUCGCCAAAUUAUCGAUGGAUGGCGAAAGGCUGGUUAUGCAUCUGGAUGCCUCGUUAUGGAAGAUGUCGAUUUACCUCGUGGCAAGCAAGUCAAGGGUACUCGUGGUCGUCGCAACAGUAUCUAA